CGAGCCUUUGCUUCUUGACUUGAGUAAGCGUUCCUUGAGUGAGUCUGAGACCUGAGUUGCCAUUCGGUAUUCGUGUAGUUACGACAAUUGCUAUGCAGUGGCAAGUUUGAAAUUACCUUGAAAAUGGGAAGCCAAUCUAGCACCGUUGAUUUCGAGGGAGUUCUGGCAGCCUCUGAGAAGGGCUCCCCUCUCAUCAUAGAUGUUCGCGGGCACGAUGAAUUUGCCGCAGGGUACAUUCCAAGCUCUUUCUGUCUCCCCCUUCCUGAACUCGGAGAGGCAUUGGCACUUUCUCCAGAAGAUUUCAAGGCUAAGUACAACUUUGAUCUUCCAGCUAAGGAUCAAGAAAUUAUCUCAACCUGCAGGGUAAUAUAUACUUAAGAAGGGAAUGUAUUG